AUGGCAACUUGUCGUGGACAUUGGCAUGGUGAUGACACGGAUACAGUGGACAUACCUAUCUAUCUGAGUUUUCAUAUCUAUCUAUCUAUCUAUCUGAGUUUUCAUAUCUAUCUAUCUGAGUUUUCAUAUCUAUCUAUCUAUCUAUCUGAGUUUUCAUAUCUAUCUAUCUAUCUAUCUAUCUCAGUUUUCAUAUCUAUCUAUCUAUCUAUCUAUCUCAGUUUUCCUAUCUAUCUAUCUAUCUCAGUUUUCAUAUCUAUCUUUCUAUCUAUUUUUCAUCUCUAUGUUUUCAUAUCUAUCUAUCUCAGUUUUCAUAUAUCUAUCUAUGUUUUCAUAUCUAUCUCAGUUUUCAUAUCUAUCUAUGUUUUCAUAUCUAUCUAUGUUUUCAUAUCUAUCUAUCUAUCUAUGUUUUCAUAUCUAUCUAUCUUUUCAUAUCUAACUAUCUAUCUUUUCAUAUCUAUCUAUCUAUGUUUUCAUAUCUAUCUAUGUUUUCAUAUCUAUCUAUCUUUUCAUAUCUAUCUAUCUUUUCAUAUCUAUCUAUCUAUCUUUUCAUAUCUAUCUAUCUAUGUUUUCAUUUCUAUCUAUCUAUGUUAUCUUUCUAUCUAUCUAUUUAUCUUUUCAUAUCUAUCUAUUUAUCUUUUCAUAUCUAUCUAUCUAUGUUUUCAUAUCUAUCUAUCUAUUUAUCUUUUCAUAUCUAUCUAUUUAUCUUUUCAUAUCUAUCUAUCUAUCUAUCUAUCUCAGUUUUCAUAUCUAUCUAUCUCAGUUUUCAUAUCUAUCUAUCUAUCUAUCUCAGUCAUUUCAUAUCUAUCAUUUUCAGUCAUUUCAUAUCUAUCUAUCUUAUUAUACAUAUAG